AGGCCUGGGACAUUGCUGCCAUGACUCAUGUCUGUAAACAGUGGGUUACUUUCAGCAAAGCUAAAAAAAAAAAAUAUGUUUUUACGGCCCUGAUCCAUGUACACAGAGAAAGAAUGCAUGUUAAAAAAAGACCAUGCAUAGGGAAAAUGGGUUAUAAUGACAUGAAAAAUGUAUUUAUUUUCUUAGAGCACACAUUAGGUACGAAUGUGCUCAAGGUAAAUGACCAUUUAUGAGGCUAGUAGGGAGUUAACGUGAAGUGGACUUUAGCUUGAUGACAUAACAAAGUUCAAAUUCACAGCAGAUGCCUUUUACUUGUCUAAACACCAACAUCAGUUUCUGACAUGAGUUCCUGGGAAAAACAAGACAAAUGAAGAAGAAUAUUAACAAUCAAGCAAAGGAAUUAGAUCCUGUAACAUAAGAUGUUGCGAAGACCAUCAAAAAGGCUUUGCUUCAUUGCAUUGUUUUCUAUUUUGCUUUUGGGAAUAUUUAUCACUUAUUUGAUGAAUUUCACUUCCUUGCUAACUCCUGUCUCAAGACAAUAUAGCAAUGAAAUGUGGAUCGCUCAAAGGAACCGGAAAAACACUUUAAAAUCUGUAUGCCUUCAGAAUAAUCUGACCCACCCAUACACCACAACAUACCUAUCUGUUGCUAAACAGCUAUUUAUUGAAGAAAAUCAUAAGAUAAUUUAUUGUGAGGUGCCCAAAGUGGGCUGUUCCAACUGGAAGAGGUUACUGUUCCAGCUAAAACUGAACCUGACCAUCAAUCCGGAAUACAUUGAACAUGAGGCUGUUCAUGAAAUAACCCUUUUUAAGAAGCUUGCAGACUAUCCUCCUGACCAGCAAAGAACAAUUCUCAAUACAUACACCAAAGUGAUGUUUACUCGAGAUCCACUGCAAAGAAUUGUCUCAGCGUACAGAGACAAAUUUCUUCAUUAUACUGGUUUUUAUUAUGGAAACACAAUUGCAAAUAAAAUUAAGUCAAAGUUCAAAGGUCACACCAAUUCAUCAAAACCAGUAUCCUUUCAUGAGUUUGUUAAUUUCAUUGUUGAAGAGAAACCUGAAGAUCUUGAUAUACACUGGAGACCUAUGCACUAUUUGUGUGAUCCAUGUAAUAUAGACUACAAUGUACUGGGCAAGUUCGAAACACUCAAACAAGACUCAGACCAUGUUCUGCAAAUUGUUGGUGCCCCAUCCAACCUCAGAUACCCAGAAAUUAAGAAGUACAAUGAAUCCAGAACAGAUCCCAAAAUAAGUGCUACAUUUUUUCAAAGGCUACCUAUAAAAUUAUUACAACAACUCUUGGAACUAUAUAAACUGGAUUUUAUUCUAUUUGGAUAUUCAUAAAUAUCUGCAACAAAAUAAUGUAUUUGUUGAAGAGACACUGUCACAUUGAUUAUUUAGGGGACAGGUCUUCUGGAACCCCUGAUACACUCACCUUGCCAACACUUACCGCCAAUUCUGCCUCGGUUGCAGCUGGCACUAAAUUACCUAGUGUGGGCUUGUGCUUGAUGCUAAAAGAAGAGGUGACAUCACUCCCUUGGUCAUGUGACUAGUGAUUUGCUGCUAAUAUUAAAGGGGUGUUCCAGCAUUUAUUUUUAAGUUUAUUAAAAGUCAGCAGCUACAAAAAGUGUAGCUGCUGGCUUUUAA